AUGAAGGAGCUAGUCAAAAACAUCCAGUUCGGCGUCAUGUCGAAGCAGGAGAUUGUGAACCUCGCGGAACUGGAGGUCAUCACACGCGAUAUCUAUGACAUGCCGAACCGGCAGCCACGCACUGGUGGUGUGCUGGACCGGCGUCUGGGUGUGAGCGACAAGCUAAGUACGUGUGAGACUUGUGGACACCGCAUGGCCGACUGUGUCGGUCACUAUGGCUAUAUCAAGCUGGUGCUGCCCGUGUUCCACGUCGGCUUCUUUAAGCAUGUGGUGAGUAUUCUACAGAUGGUGUGCAAGUCGUGCGCGCGCAUUCUGCUUGAAGAACCGGACCGCCGGAAAUUUCUGCGGCGCUUCCGCCGCCCGGGCCUGGAGAAUUUACAGCGCACGCAGACAUUCAAGGCUGUGAAUGCUGUAGCGCGCAAGACGCUCUAUUGCCCCUACUGUGGGGCGACGAAUGGCACUGUGAAGAAGGCGGGCGUGCUCAAAGUGGUGCACGAAAAGUUCCGGCAGAAGAAGACGGAGGAGGAAAUGCUCGAGUUCCGCCGCACAUUCAUGACGGCCGUCAGCAUGGGAAAUGGCGAGCUGGCACCGCACCUCGGCAAGGCACAGGAGGACCUGAACCCCCUUCGUGUCCUUGACUUGUUCCGACGCAUCUCCGACGAGGACUGUGAGCUGCUCGGUCUCAAGCCGCAGUUCGGGCGCCCCGAGGAGUAUAUCUGGCAGUAUAUUUGUGUACCGCCCGUGUGUAUUCGCCCCAGUGUGGCACAGGACGGCGCGACGAACGAGGACGACCUGACCGUGAAGUUGACCGAAAUUGUAUUUACGAACAACAUCAUCAAGUCGGGCCUCACGAAAGGCAGCAAAGGUACAACUACCGCGCAACUGGUAGAGCAAUGGGACUUCUUGCAGCUCAGCGUCGCGCUGUACAUCAACUCGGAGAUGCCGGGUGUGCCGCCGAUGAGUGGGCACAAACCGAUCCGCGGGUUCUGCCAGCGCCUCAAAGGCAAGCAGGGCCGCUUCCGUGGAAACCUAAGCGGCAAGCGCGUGGACUUUUCUGGACGCACGGUCAUCUCGCCGGACCCCAACCUGGCUAUCGAUGAGAUUGCCGUUCCUGAGCGCGUCGCCAAAACGCUCACAUAUCCAGAGCGCGUGUUUGCGCACAAUAUCGAGACGAUGCGCGAAGCUGUUCGCAACGGCACCGACAGGCACCCUGGAGCCAACUACCAUAUUAAUGGGCGCGAUGGCUUCAAGCGCUUCUUGAAGUUCCCGGGCAUGCGCGAAGACAUUGCUGCCAACCUGCGCGUCGGCGAUGUGGUCGAGCGGCACAUCCGCGACGGCGACAUUGUCCUGUUCAACCGUCAGCCGUCGCUGCAUAAGCUGUCGAUCAUGUGCCAUCGAGUCAAGGUGCGUCCCUGGCGCACUUUCCGCCUGAACGAGUGCGUCUGCAACCCGUAUAAUGCAGACUUCGAUGGCGACGAGAUGAAUAUGCACGUCCCGCAGACGGAGGAGGCGCGCACUGAGGCGCUCACCCUCAUGGGCGUCAAACACAAUCUGGUGACGCCGCGCAACGGUGAACCGAUUAUCGCCGCCAUCCAGGACUUUAUCACGGCUUCGUUCUUGCUCUCACGACGCGAUCGGUUUUUUACGCGAGCGCAGUUCACGCAAUUGUGUUCGUACUUUGCGGACGGCACGGUGCGGGUUGAUCUGCCUCCGCCUGCGAUCCAGAAGCCCGUGCGUCUGUGGACAGGCAAGCAGCUGUUCAGCUGCCUGAUCCGGCCAAACAAGAGCUCCCCGGUCUUGGUGAACGUCGAGGCGCGCUGCCGCACCUUUGAGAAGCCGCGUGAUGGGCACCCGAAGGAAAUGUCGCCCAACGAUGGUUACCUCGUGAUCCAAAACAGCGAGGUGCUGUGUGGUGUCAUGGACAAGGCGACCGUGGGUGACGGCAACAAGCACUCUGUCUUCGGCGUUAUCUUGCGCGACUAUGGCCCUGACGCGACCAUUGCAGCGAUGAACCGUCUUGCCAAAACCUGCGCCCGUUGGCUCUCAAACCAGGGCUUCUCGCUCGGCAUUAGCGACGUGACGCCCGGUCAAAGGCUGCGCGAUACCAAAGACCGCCACGUGCGGGACGCGUAUGCCCAGUGUACAGACCUGAUCGAGCUGGCAAAGCGAGGCAAGCUUGAGAAUCUGCCCGGCUGUGACCAGGAACAGACGCUAGAGAGCAAGAUCUCUGGUGUCCUCAGCAGCGUGCGCAGUGAUGUGGGCGAAAUCUGUAUGACCGAGCUCAGUCGCCACAACGCGGCAUUGCUCAUGGCCGUGUGUGGGUCCAAGGGCUCAAAAAUUAACGUCGCACAGAUGGUGGCCUGUGUCGGGCAGCAAAUUAUUUCAGGCUCGCGUGUUCCGAAUGGCUUCCAGGACCGCUCGCUGCCGCACUUCCCGAAAAAGUCUAAGGACCCGCCGUCCAAGGGCUUCGUGCGCAACAGCUUUUUCUCCGGCCUUGAGCCGACUGAGUUCCUGUUCCACGCGAUCAGCGGCCGCGAGGGUCUUGUCGAUACCGCAGUGAAGACGGCCGAAACAGGCUAUAUGCAACGCCGUCUGAUGAAGGCGCUCGAGGACCUGUCGACCCACUAUGACUUUUCUGUCCGCAACUCCGUCGGGGGCGUCGUGCAAUUCUUGUAUGGUGACGACGGCCUCGACCCAGCCGAGCUCGAGGGCAAUGCGCUGCCGGUCGACUACCUCCGCACCUUCAAACACGCGGCCGCGAAGACCGCGCAUAUCGAGAGCCGAUCACUCCUGCCAUUUGAAAUUAUUGAGAUUGUUCGUCGGGUCUUAAGUGAAGACCGCUUUGAGCGUGUCUGUACAUCCAAGUACAUUGAGGAGGUACGCGCAUUCUGCUACGUGGAGUUGGCGCAGCGUGUGGCAGCCAUCCGCGAGGCCUACGGUAUGUACCCGGCCCUGGAGCGCGAUGGCGACUGGGACAUGGACACCGAUCUGUCACUGGGCGCUGAGGCGGCGCAGCGCGCCAUUGUGGAGAACAAAGCGCGUGUCUCGGAGGCGAACCUGUUGGAGUUCUUGGACCUGUGCUGGGAGAAGUACAUGCGCGCCAAGAUCGAGCCAGGGUCGGCUGUGGGUGCGGUGGGCGCGCAGUCAAUCGGUGAACCUGGCACACAGAUGACUCUCAAGACGUUCCACUUUGCGGGUGUCGCCUCCAUGAACGUCACUCUAGGUGUGCCCCGCAUCAAGGAGAUCAUCAAUGCGGCCAAGUCCAUCAACACGCCCAUCAUUGCUGCAAAACUGGUAAGCGAGAAGAGUGAGCAGGCUGCCCGCAUUGUUAAGGGACGCAUUGAGAAGACGUUCCUGGGCGACGUGGCCUCCAUGAUCGAAGAGGUAUGGUCUGGCCACUCCACCUGCCUACGGGUGCAUAUUGAUAUGGAUGCGAUCCAAAAGCUACAGCUGGAGGUCACUCUUGACGAUAUCAAACGCGCUGUUAUUGCCAUACCCCGCCUCAAGAUCCGUGAUGAACGUGUGAUGAUUCUGCCAGAGAUGAACCGCCUCGACAUCUACAUUCAUCCAGAGGACAAGGAACGGGACGUGUACUUUGCGCUCAAGCAUCUCAAGCGUCUGCUUCCGAAGGUCGUCAUCAAGGGCAUUCCAAAUGCAACUCGUGCCGUUAUCAGCGAUGAGAAGGGCGAGCGCAAGCUCCUCGUCGAAGGGUAUGGCCUGAAGGAAGUCAUGACGACUGAGGGCGUCGUUGGGACCCAAACAUAUACGAACCAUGUUAUGGAAAUGCAACAAGUGCUGGGUAUUGAGGCAGCACGCAAUUCCAUCUACCGUGAGAUUGACUACACAAUGGCCAGCCACGGUAUGUCAAUUGAUCCUCGUCACGUAAUGCUCCUGGCCGACGUGAUGACAUACAAGGGUGAAGUCCUGGGUAUCACUCGCUUUGGCGUCGCCAAGAUGAAGGACUCGGUCCUGAUGCUUGCGUCGUUCGAGAAGACGACUGAUCACCUAUUUGAUGCGGCCCUCUACGGUAAAUCUGACUCUAUCGCCGGUGUGAGUGAAAGCAUUAUUAUGGGCAACCCUGCUCAAACGGUGGGAACCGGCAUGCCUGCUCUGAUUAGCCCAGCUCCUGUCUUACCUCCGUGCCGCCCCUUGGUCUUUGACACUGAUAACCUCUCCACAAUAGCUGUUUAG